CUUUCCCGGAAGAGACGUGGCAGAAGGCGGAAGGAGGCCCAAGAGGAAGGUGAGGAGGGGCAGGCCUGGGCGAGUCAGACGCCCCUCGGAGGCUCUGCCAUGGGGCUGUGCAAAUGCCCCAAGCGGAAGGUGACCAACCUCUUCUGCUUCGAGCACCGCGUCAACGUCUGCGAGCACUGCAUUGUCGCCAAUCACAACAAGUGCAUUGUCCAGUCUUACUUGCAGUGGCUCCAGGAUAGUGACUACAACCCCAACUGUCGGCUCUGCAACACCCUUCUCUCCACCAAAGAGACCGUCCGCCUCGUCUGCUAUGACCUCUUCCACUGGUCGUGCCUGAACGAGAUGGUGGCCCACCUGCCGAAGAACACGGCCCCGGCCGGCUUCCAGUGCCCCGGUUGCCAGGGGCCCCUCUUCCCGCCCGCCAACCUGGUCAGCCCCGUGGCCGCAGCCCUGACCCACAAGCUGGCCUCCGUCAACUGGGCCCGCCCCGGCCUGGGACUCCCCCUGAUCGACGAGACGGAGAUGGUUCUAGAGGCGGACCCUCACAACGCGACGGACUACACCGACUGGUCCAGUUUCACCACCCUGAGCUCCGAGGAGGCGGCCCACCAGAGUGCCUCUCCUGCGCCCGGUCCUCCUCCUCCUCCGCAAGCCCCACAAAACCUCAGCAAUGGCGCCCUGAUGCAGGAACCGCACACCGUCAUCAGCAUGAAGGACCUCAACGCUGAUCCGGUCACCAUCAACGCAGCCUCCUCUCCGCGGAAGGUAUACGACACCCGGGAAGGCAGUGCGAUGGGCAGAUCCUCCGAAAUCCGCAUCGAUUCGGACGAAGACAAGUACCGCCGGCGCCCGGCCCUCGGGUGGCUGGCCCAGCUGCUCAAGAACCGCUUUGGGGCCCGGAAGCAGCCCCGCUCCCUGAUGCAGCGCUUUGUGAUCCUGCUCCUGAUCGGCGGCAUUGGCUUCCUGACGCUGGUGGUGGUGAUGAUGAAGCUGGGCCGGGCCUCGGCCGAGAGCGACCCCAACCUGGACCCCUUGUUCAACCCCCACAUCCGGGUUGGGAAGCAGUGAGGGACUCCCUCGGUCUCCUCCUCUGCUUCUUGUGGGACCAAAUAGGCUCCUCCCCUGGCCUUUUUUGCGGGAGAGAAAGACUCCUGGGACACUUCCGAAAAGCUCCGGAAAAUCCCGCAUCGUCCUGAUGCAAAACAGACGAGCUGAGCGGCACCGAAAGGGGAAUCUCCUCUAGUAGCAGACGCCGGGAUCUAUCUAUUGCGCUUCUAUCUGAUGAGGAAAGUUGACUGACAGCCACUUUUUUCCUCUUAAGAUCUCGUUUUGAGUUGGUGUGGCUUUUGUGUGGGUCCAGAAGGAGGAGAAGGCCCUCCUCUUUGUUCCGUUCCAUCCGAAAGUUGAGAGACUUUUGUGGGUUCCGGGAUU